AUGGCUACAAGUGAUAGUGAGGACUUUGAGAGUGCAGAUGAAGGUCAUGGAAGUCCAGACAAGAAACAAAGAAAGAAACGCUUGUCCUCUUCAAAUUACAGCGACAACGCAUUAGAAACAGAACAAAAAGUUUCGAAUACUCCUAAAGAAUCUAGUAAUGUUAAACAUGUUGAGGAUAAAGUGAAAGAAACCGAUGGUUGGGAUGACUUUGAGAUUGAUGACAAUGAAGCCGAACCCGCACCUGUAAAGAGUAAUGCAGAGAAGCAGAAUAAAAUAGAAGAUAAGCCUAGCAAUGUAAAGGAGAGCAAAAAGUCGCAGGAUACUGGCUGGGAUGACUUUGAUGAUUGGGGAGAGGAUGAUACCUCGACCAAUGUACAAAAGCCAGAACCGAAGCCAGUUCAGGCUAAACCGCAGCCAGCUCAAAGCCAAAAACCAGAGCCUAACAUUCAGGAGGUGACAGACAGACUGGCUGCAGCGUCCACUGGUGGUGGUGGGUGGGGGUGGGGCUGGAGUGUGGACUCCUUGCUGAGCAGCGCCACUGCUGGUAUCAGUACUAUCACCAGUCAAGUUUCACAGGGCAUAUCAACAGUCUUAGAAACGGGAAUAGGUGCUCCUGACCCAGAAGAAUUAGCCAGAAGGUCAGUAAAGACCAAUGAGACCAAAACCGAUAGAUCUGCGCCUGCACCGGAAGCUGACAAAAGGCCUGAAACAGGAAGUGAACAGGAAGCCAGUGCUGGAGACGCUGCAUUCCCAUUCGGAAGUCUUUUAUCUGGUGUUACCAAGUUUGUUGAAACUACUGGUACAAAAGUAAUACACGGUGGCCUAGACACUUUAGAAACUAUAGGCAAGAAGACGAUGGAAGUUCUGCAAGAUGGUGAUCCUGGCCUGGCCAAGAAACGGGCCAUGCUUGGCCUGGGAGCUGGGGAUAAGCCAGUCCUUUCCCAGGUGCUGAGAGAGGCCAAGGCUAAAGCUGAGGAGGAAGAUAAAGUCAGAGAGGAGAAGAGAGAGGCCAAAGAGGUGCAUUAUGAAAACCUGUUUGAUGAUUUUGAAGGCCUAGUUCACUUAGAAGCGCUAGAGAUGUUGUCCAGACAAGUCAGUAUGCGCAUAGAGGAGCGGAUACGUAGUGUAGACCUAGAAAAGAGGCAGGACAUCAAGGAGACGCUGCAGCAAGUCGCUGAACUGUGUGAAAUGCCGGAAGAAGAUGAUGAUUACGAGGAAUCUCCAAGCGAAGAUCUGUCCAAGCCGGACGCCUUCCAUGAACGGCUCCAGACUGCUACACAGGACUUAGGACUCAAGCUGCAGUUCCAGGCACUGGUCAAGCAAUACACAGAAGUCCUAACCUACCUAUCAUCACCGGAGGCUGACUCAGUGAAGUCUGUGUACAAGCGAGGAGUGUCGAGCCUGGCACAAGGAACUGCUCUAUCAGUGGAACAGUACCAUAAGGCCGCUGAGAUGCUCCUCGUUAAGACUCGAAGAUCCACUGCUGAUGAGGCUGAUGCGUUGACACAAAUGACAGUGGUGCUUACAAAACACAUCAGUGAGCUGGCAACACUCUUCACUGAGAAGCUGAACGCACUACCAUCUGACAAUAAGGAACAAGUCAACACAUACAUCACCAAUAUAUUCCUUGAGGCCGGCAACAGUUCGACAUACAUACAGAAUGCGUUCCAGUUAGCGUUACCUAUACUACAAAUAGGUGCUGUGUAA